AUGUUCUCAUCAUCAUCAAACGAUGUGGUAGAUAUAAAUUCCGAUGAUGACGAGGACAUAACGGAAAUUAUUGAUUCAGUAAUUUCAGAUAAACCAAUUAUACAGUUAUUUAAGAGGCUUAUAACGAGUGAUAAUAAGCAGCAUACAAUAUUGACAAAUGCUCAAAUUGUAGAUAUUUUACAUAAGGAAUUUAAUAUAAUCAUAUCCAAUAUCCAUGAAUUAGAAGGUGAUAUAUAUUUGACUAUUAUGAAGAAAUAUCUCAAAGACUGGCCGCAGUGGGACGAAUUUGACAAGUUAGUCAAUGAAUUAAAAAAGAAAAAUGAUUAUGUCAGUGUCAAUAAGGUAUUACAAACUAAUUAUAUUAGCUUGAGACAAUAUUUAAAAGAUAUUUUGGAUUUCACCGAGGACUUGGCAAAGAAAGCUGUUCAAAAAACUGUAGAUGAAGAACUCGACAAGAAAACGGACAACAGCGAGGGAAAUGAUGAGAGGACUGUGGUUCUUGAAGUGCGUGCUUCAAGGAGUCAGUUGAAUCAAUUGUUCUUUCGUGAACCAAAUCCAGAAUUUAAUAAUUCUAUAUUUAAUAGUACUUACAGUGUACCAACUCAAAUUUCAUGUAAUGUGUUGCCUUUAGAAGCAAUUUUGAAUUGGUGGGGAGUUUGCAUUGGUAUAUCGACAUCGACAAAUAAUCUCAUGAUAUACAGAAGAGAAAUAACUCAUGAGGUAGAACAUGUUUUAGUAAAUAGACAUUUGAUAUCACGUUUUAACCCACUAAAAGUGUUGGAUCAAGACCUUAAAAUUAAUAAUGCAUCAUUGCAAACUAAAAUUGAUAGGUCUGAUUUUGUAAAAUUCAUAGACAAUUUGACAUCUGCAUUUUCAAGGGCUAAAGACAUAUUAGAAUUUAUAAAAAAAGAUUUAGAAUUGUUACCGAAUGUACUAUACUCGAAGGUUGCAUAUAAACGGUACACAAAUAAGUAUCCAUAUGUAAGGUACUUAUACAAAGAUAAUGAAAUCCAAGAUGGUGAUAAGACGAAUGAUAUUAAUAAGAAAAAGUAUGAUAUUCAAUUAAAAGAAACAGUAUCUCCUCAAUACAAAACAUAUAUUGGAAAGAUGAUUGCAUCAAAUAAAAACUUAUUUGUGCAAUGCUUACCGUGUAAUUUCUCAGCUAGUGGAACAAAUUUGAUUGACGACUUAAGAUUACAUUUUAACCAACAUCAUAACUUGGAACCAGAUUGGAAAUGCACUAACUGUAGCAAGAGCUUCUCCAUGGCCUAUCUAGCACAGAACUGGUGGACUCAUCGAUGC